AUGGAGAGCGCUGCCUCACCCACCUGCCUGCCCCUCUCUGCCCUCUCGCAGCCACAGCUGCCGGGGAUGGUCCUGGACUAUCUGGAUGGGAGAAAGUGUCGUGAGAGUGUCCUGCCCAUCCUCUCAAGGAACCUGCAGAGCCAGUGCCCUGACAGGCGGCGCCUGGCACUGAGAGGGCUCCUUGUUCUCAGUGUGGAUCCCUCGAUGGCCGACAGCAUCUGCAGCCUGGCUGAAAGCCUCCUGGAGCUGCUGCAUCAUGAAGACACAGAGCUGGUUGAGAUGACCCUCUCUGUCUUCCUGAAUGUGCUCCGGAUUGGAGAUCUUCAGGCAUUCAGCUGCGAUGCUCCACAGCUGGCUGAGACACUCCAGCCACUGUUUGAAAAUGACAACAGCCAUGUGCAGCUGCUCUCCAUUUGCCUCUUCCAAGAGGUGAUGGAGAUGGUAGCGAAAGAGGGAAAGACGGAUGUGUGCCAGGGCCUGCUCCCAUUCUUCCACUGGGAUGAUGAGAAGGAGUGUGGGGCAGAGGCAACCCUGGCACUGUGGCACAUCAUCCAGGAGCCCGAAUGCGAAGAGGCCAUGAUCAGUCAUGCCCCACACCUCCUCUUGUCUCUGCUCUUCCAAAUUUCCAUGAGCACAGAGCAGAUGUCAGAGGAGGUCAAUGCUUUCUGGAGGCAGUGCCAGGAGGAACACGGCCUUCCCAACAACCCCAGCAGGUUUGCAGUACAGACCCUGAAGGCUCUGCUCUGCCGCCUGCACUGGGAGAAUGAGGUGGUGGCCAUUGAACGAAAGCGUGGCUGGGAGACACUUCUUUGUUCAGACACCCACCAUUAUGCAGUGGGGCUGCUGGCCAGGGAGAUGCGACAUGUCCUUGUCCCCUUCCAUUGCGAGAUGGCAAUUCACCUUCUCGGGCUGCUCAGCAGGGAGGAACCCCACUGGGAGCUCCCUGCCCUGGCAUUCCUCGUAGAGAUCCUGGACUAUCUGGAUGGGAGAAAGUGUCACGACACAGUUCUGCCCAUCCUAUCAAGGAACUUGCAGAGCCAGUGCCCUGAGAGGCAGCGCCUGGCACUGAGAGGCCUCCUGGUUCUCAGUGUGGAUCCCUCGAUGGCCGAAAGCAUCUGCAGCCUGGCUGAAAACCUCCUGGAGCUGCUGCGUCAUGAAGAUGUAGAGAUGGUCGAGAUGACCCUCUCUGUCUUCCUGAACAUGCUCCAGGAUGAAGACCUUCAGGCAUUCGGCUCUGCUGCCCUGAAGCUGGCUGAGGCACUGCAGCCACUGUUUGAUAAUGACAACAGCCAUGUGCAGCUGCUCUCCAUUCGCCUCUUCCGAGAGGUGAUGGAGUUGGUAGUGGAAGAGGGAAAGGAGACACUUGUGCACCAGAGCCUGGUGCCACUCCUCUUCCACUGCCAUGACGAGACCCAGUGCGUGGCAGAGGCCUCUCGGGAAACUCUCCUUUGUGCUGCAAGUUUGCUCAAGAGGAGAGAUCUGGAGCAGCUGCUUAGGAAAAAACAGCACUUGGAGUUCUGUGAUUGCCUGAUGGACAAGGACAUGAGCCGAAGGGACGAGCACCUGCGCCAGGCUCUGACCUACCUGCAGAGCCCACAGCAGCCCCUGAGAGAGCUGGCCGUCAGGUUCAUG